AUGGCGGAGAGGCAAUUAGAUCUACAGGUUAUGGGAAACCAAGGAGAAGUCAAUGAUUCUGCCAAGUCAGAGAUGUUUACCAUUCACAAUGGAGGUGUACAGAUCUUAUGCAGAUACCCUACGACUAUCUGGCAAUUUAAGAUGCAGUUGCUGAAAGGGAACCAAGUACUCUGUGAGCUCACUAAAACAGAGGGAAGUGGAAACACAGUGUUCACGAAGAAUAUAACAUUCUGUAUAUCUCAGUUAUCCAACAGCAGUGUUUCCUUUUUUCUACAAAACUUGGACAGUUCCUAUGCCAGCUAUUACCUCUGCAAACUACAGAUUUUUGAUCCUCCUCCUUUUCAAAUCAAAAUUCUAAGUAAAGAAUAUUUGCAUAUUUAUGAAUCUAAGCUUUGUUGCCAACUGAAAUUCUGGUUACCCAUUGGAUUUAUUGGUCUUAUCCUCAUCUACAUUUUUACAUGUGUAUUUGUUUGUUGGCUGAUAAAAAAGAAGCGCCAAUCCAGUGUGCAUGACCCAAAUAGUGAAUACAUGUUCAUGGCAGCAAUGCCCACUGCUAAAAAACCUGGAGGGACAGGUGUGACCCAUAACUUGGAACUCUCUGGCAUUCACGCAUGA